CACAAUCUCUGCUCCUGUGUCUUUUGGAUCUGAUCAAACCUGCUCCAACUUCAUUCAAAAGGACUUUUAUUUUUGUUUAUAUUUUCAUGAUUUUGUGGAUUACUUUAAAAUCAGAUGCAGAAAAAUGACAGCUGUCCGAAAAUAUCCAGGUGGAAGCUGCAGAAAAGGCCCUCGACUUCACUGCAGCCUGAAGGAGCCUGGCCUAUCAGAGGGAAGAAGAGGAAGCAGGAGAGCAGAGAUGUGGACAACCUCAGUCUGUGCAGCCUCGACCUCAACGAGCCCAGUACGAAGCGCUCCAAACCAGUGUCCAGAGUCACGUCUUUGGUGAAUCUUCUUCCUCCUGUGAAGACUGCACCACUGAAAAGGAUCGGCCUCAGUCUACAGCGUUCCAUCAGUUUACGCACAGACAGUCGGACUGACCAUGCUCCAGUCUCUUCUUCUGCUCCCACGGUGAAAACUCGAGUUGUCGCGGCAACUGUAUCCAGCCCCGGCUCCUCUGCAACCAUCCCUCGUGUCUCCACGGGAGUAGCAGCAUCAUCGUCGUCAGGGUCUAAACGACGAGAUAGCAAACUCUGGAGCGAGACUAUUGAUGUUAGGCUCUCACAAACUCUGAGUCCCAAAGAGAUCAAGAGACAAGAGGCAAUUUUUGAGCUGCUCCAGGGAGAGCAGGACUUGGUGGAGGAUCUGAAACUGGCCAAAAAGGCAUACCACGAUCCCAUGAGAACUCUGUGCAUAAUGACCGAACAAGAACUCAACCAGAUCUUUGGGACUCUGGACUCUCUCAUCCCCCUGCAUGAAGACCUGUUGAAUAGACUGAGAGAUGAGAGGAAAUCAGACGGAUGCACUGAACACGUGGGGCACAUCCUUACACAGUGGUUGCCCUGCCUGUCCGAGUACACCCCAUACUGCAGUAACCAGGUGAAGGCCAAAGCACUGUUGGACCAGAAGAAGCAGGAGAGUCGGGUGCAUGACUUUCUCCAGCGUUGCCUCCUCUCUCCCUUCAGCAGGAAACUGGAGCUCUGGAGCUUUCUGGACAUUCCACGGAGCCGACUCGUAAAGUACCCACUGCUGCUGAGGGAGAUCUUGCGGCACACGGACAACGAGCACCCUGACCGACAGCGGCUGGAGGAGGCUAUGGCAAUGGUGCAGAGUGUGGUGGCAGACAUUAACCGUCAGACCGGAGAGUCGGAGUGUGAGUUUUACAAAGAGAGACUGGUUUACACUGAGGAGGGACCGAGACAUGAACUAAUCGAACGCUCUCGAACUCUGAGUUGCCACGGAGAACUCAAGAACCACAGGGGCGUGAAGCUACAUGUUUUCCUCUUCCAGGAUGUGUUGGUCAUUACUCGCUCAGUGUCCACCUCUGAACAGCCAAUCAGAUACCAGCUCUGCCGUCAGCCAAUUCCCAUCGAACACCUGGAGCUGGAGGACCUAUCAGAUGGAGAGAUGAGAGUGGGCGGGUCCAUCCGAGGAGCCUUCAGCAACAACGAGAGAACCAAGAACUUCUUCAGAGUGUCGUGUAAAGUAGGAGGACAGAGCCACUGUUUUCAGGCCAGCGAUGCCUUCAACAAACAACAAUGGAUCAACUGUAUCCGACAAGCUAAAGCCACGCCCCUUCCUACGGCCACCCUGCCUCCAGAACCCGCCCGAGAAAAGACCGCGGACCAGGAGUUGGACAACGCACUGCUAAACGUCACCAAAUUCAAUGGACAAGAUUUGGAAAAAGAAACUGCUAAAGAUAUGGAGGUAGAGGGAGAUACAGAGGCUGGAAUAGAUGGGAAGACCAUAACUGAUGAAAGACUUGUGGAGAGUGGAGAGGAGGAGGAAAGAUGUUUUGAGAUUUCCACAGAUGUACGAAACAAAAUAUUGGAAAACCAGGAUGUAAACAGAGCAGAGAUGGACUCUAUACAAGAAACGGAGGAAGCAAUGCAAGAGGAAUCUUGACAA